CAGGCUCUCUCGGCCCUGUGCUUAUGCGACUCCAGCAUCCCGGCAGGAAGGUGCACAGUUGCCGCUCAAAUGUGAUAGCUGUCGAUCCAGGCUAAUCAACGAGGUGCAGCUAAUGCAUCACUACACUGCCUACACUUAUCUGGCGAUGAGCAACAAUCCGGUCCUCAUUUCACUAUGGAAAGAGGUCGUGCCGAAGCAUGCGUUUCAGCAUCGUUUUUUGCUUCAAGGGCUCCUUGCUGUAACGGCGCAGCACAAACUCCGAGAUAAAAGUGACGAUCCAACCGACCUGAUUGACAUAGCAAAUAUCUAUCAACAAGAAGCUUUAUCAACGUAUAUCAGCCAGCUCAACUAUAUCACCGAGGAGAAUUGCCAUGCGUUGUUUGCAUUCUCGCAAGUGAUAGUGGGAAUGUCAUACUCCCGGAUGAGCUCAGGCCUCGGGGAAGUACGCAUAUCUUCGUUUAUCACCAAUAUUGUCGAGAUUUUUGAGCUGCUCAAGGGAGCGCUUGUAGUAGCCAAGGAAGCUAUAACGUGGCUACGUGCCGGUGACCUGGAACCAAUGUUGGGCCCCAGGCCCGAAGUGCCGCUCGUCCGGCCCUCUGCACCGCAGCGCUCUUGUGUUGGAGAGUUGUCAAAACUCUCGGAUUAUAUUUCUGGGCUUAUGGAUAGCAGUGUCGAAUCCAAGGCCCGCGUGGAGAGCCUUUUAUCAACAAUCCAGCUUCUGUAUACCCUGUUUUACGACGAUUGUGAACCAGCCGAUCGAAUGAAUAAGAUUGUCGGUCUCCCUAUAUACUUCGACUCCAAGUAUAUCGAUCUUUUAAGAAACUUUGAUCAUGCUGCGCUAGCGAUUCUAUCCUACUAUGGUAUUGCGCUGCAUCAGAUUCGCCACAUAUGGUAUCUUGAUGCCGUAGGGGCCAGAGUUGUGGAGGCCGCAGCAACUUUAGUCGGGCCUGGAUGGUUCCCAUUUUUGAGAUGGCCACAAAUGGAAAUUGGUUCAUAAACCCACGACGAUGAUGUGUAUAGUUAUCGCCAGUUUUAUGACUACUGAAAGGUCGAAUAUUGUUCUUAUUUAUGCGGUGGAUGAACACGAAUGGCGAGCGGAUUCUUAAAGCUGGUCAAGGCUGGUCUAGUGC